AUGUCGAGAAGACCAAAAGUAGAUAACAGUAGCGCCGGGUCGAGCCGAAAACGGGCUUUCACUGCCGCAAAGAGCGUUUCACUGAACGAUGUCGCGCAACAUUCCGGUGUCUCUACGGCCACAGUGUCCAGGGUAAUAAACAAUCCAGAAAAAGUUGCUGCUAAGAGUCGGGCUACAGUCAAUGCGUCGAUCGACGCACUCGGCUAUAUCCCUGAUGGCGCUGCCAGGGCACUGGCAUCGCGCCACUCCGGCAUUAUUGGUGCUGUUGUUCCGACUCUGGACAACGCGCUGUUCGCAGCGGGUAUACAAAGCUUGCAGCGCAGGCUUAGACAGCUUGAUUACACACUUAUUGUCGCCAGUCAUGAAUACGAUCUCGCCGAAGAGUUAAACGAGGUCAAGAUGUUAUUACGCCAAGGCGUUGAUGCGUUGUUGAUGGUGGGGUCGCAACACGAUCCGGCGUUACUGAGCUUGCUCAAUGAAAAGGGCGUUCCUUAUGUUAAUUGCUGGACCUGGAAUUCGGACCUAUCGCAGCCUUAUAUUGGUUUCGACAAUAGACGGGCAGCCAGGAAAAUUGCCGACUAUCUUCUCGACCUGGGCCACGUUGAGGUUGCCGUUAUCGCUGGACAAACUAACAACAAUGACCGAGCAAGAGAUCGCGUGCUGGGAAUCAAAGACGCCAUCGAAGCCCGUAACCUUACUCUGGCGAACAAUAAAAUCAUCGAGAGAAGUUAUUCUGUUAAACAAGGUCGCAAAGCUAUGGGCCAAUUGUUGCAGAAAGACGAGUUACCGACCGCUGUUCUAUGUGGCAACGAUAUUCUGGCGAUGGGGGCAGUGAUCGAAUGCCAGUCGCGGGGCAUAAAGGUGCCAGAGGAAAUUUCCAUUGCCGGUUUUGACGACCUGGAUAUGAGUUCGCAGAUCCUGCCGGCAUUAACGACAGUGUGCGUACCUUCUGCCGAGAUGGGUGAACAAGCGGCUGACUAUCUGGUAGCGCAAAUCAGGCAGGAAUCGCCUGAAAUACCCAUUGAGAUCGAAACCAAAUUAAUGAUCAGGGAAACGACGGCAAAGCCUCGGAAGCAAGCACAAAAUUAA